AUGGGAAAUCAAGAAAUCUCACCUGAUGUUACAUUACGAGAUUUAUGUAACCAAGUUGCUGUCUAUAGUGCACUGCGCGCUCAAAUUUCCCACCAGGUUGCAGCAGAGAUCGGCAGGGAUGAAUUGAUUCGACGAAUUAAUUUGCAGAACUUACGAAAUCGAGAAAAGCUCUGUUUGGUUUUGGACUUGGACCAGACUCUUCUUCAUACCAAACCUCUACACAAACUUUCCCCCGAAGAAAUAACUGGUUUGUGUAAUUACACUCGAAAGAAAAAUUUGCGCAGAUGGAAAGCCACGGGCGUUAAGUAUUUGACAAAGUUAAGGCCUUAUGGGAGGAAAUUCUUGCGAGAGGCAAGUAAGUUGUUUGAUAUGUAUGUGUACACGAAUGGAUCACGCGAUUAUGCUAGGAUCAUGGUUGGCUUUCUUGACCCUCACGGUGUUUACUUCGGCUCAAGAAUUAUAUCCAAGGAGGAUUCUACUAUAAAAGGCCAAAAGGGACUUGAAGUUGUGCCUGUUCAUAAAAGUGGAGUUCUUGAAUGUAUGGGCAAGAGAUCGAAGUAA